GCAUAUGUAGGAACUGUGGUGACGGCAAGUGCACACAUAAUAACGGCACUAAUAGGAUCGGGUGUGUUGUCUUUAGCAUGGGCUGUAGCGCAAUUGGGAGCCAUCGCCGGACCGAUAGUUUUGAUCAUCUUCUCCAUCAUUACUUUGUAUACAUCUAUUCUGCUCACUGAUUGUUACCGUUCACCUGACGGUACCCGAAACCAUUCUUACAUGGAUGCCGUUAGAACCCAUCUAGGUGGCACAAAUUUCAUGUUUUGCGCGAUUGCCCAGUAUGCUACUCUAAUUGGCCUUAGCACCGGAUAUGCAAUCACUACAGCUCUUAGCUUAGGGGCAAUUGAAAGAACAACUUGCUAUCACAAGAAGGGGCGGAAUUGGCCGGAUUGCAGUCCAUCAACCCGGAAUUACAUAUUUUAUUUUGGAGUGCUACAGAUAAUCCUUAGUCAAAUACCAAAUAUUCGAAAGCUUUCGUUUAUCUCGGUCGUCGCUUCACUCAUGUCAUUUACUUACUCAAUCAUUGGGGUUGCUCUCGCUACUGCUACAAUCGCCAGGGGAUUGAAAGUGAGAAUAAGCCUCACAGGUGUGCCAAUUGGAACUCAUAACUCAGCUAUGGAUAAGAUGUGGAACACUUUCUCGGCCAUUGGAAACAUUGCCAUCUCAUUUGCCUUCUCCAUUGUUCUCAUUGAAAUACAGGAUACAUUAAAAGCAUCUCCAAGAGAGAAUAAGGUGAUGAAAGAGGCAACUUGUGUUGGGAUAAUAGUGUCCUCUGCCUUCUAUGCGCUCUGUGGGAUCCUCGGCUAUGUUGCGUUCGGAAAUGAUGCUCCGGGGAAUCUCUUAACUGACAAUCACGCUUUUUACGAGCCAUAUUGGCUUCUUGGUUUGGCUAAUGCAUGCAUUGCCGUCCACCUUGUUGGAGCCUAUCAGGUAUUUUCCCAACCGGUGUUUGAAUUCGUGGAGAGCUGGUGCAUGAGAAAGUGGGGAGGAACAAGCAGAUUCAUGAGAGCGGAAUACAACAUUGUUGGGAGGUUGGAGGUGAGCUUGUUUAGGAUAGUCUGGAGAACAACAUACGUCAUGACCACAAUGCUAGUGGCGCUAAUAUUCCCCUUCUUCAACGCCUUCGUCGGUCUGCUAGGAGCCAUCUCCUUCUGGCCGCUCACCAUCUAUUUCCCCAUCAAGAUGUAUAUUCUCCAAGCACACAUUCAGAAAUGGUCAUUGUCUUGGAUUUCACUGCACACACUUAGCUUCGUUUGCUUCAUCGUCUCCUUCCUCGCCGCUGCCGGUUCCAUUCGUAACUUAAUCAAGUCCGUCUUGCAUUACAAACCAUUUGCCUAAGCGCCAUCUUAUUAAGAGGCGUUAUGCGUGGAUCUAGAUAUCUGAGUUGGAAUGAUAUAGGAAAUAAUUAUACUAGGUAGACAAUAUUAACGGGUGCACUACAUAUAAAAAAUAUUACAUUAAAAAGUAUUUGAAAGGAGUAAGUUGCCCUGUAUUUUAACCCAUAUUGCCCUAGAUCCUCUCAUAUAUCCUCCCAUGGACUACUUUAUGCAUAUGACAUAACUCACAC